UUUUUUUUUUUUUUUUUUUUUUUUUUGCAUUGAUCCCCACUAUUGUACAACUAUUAAUUUCAAAUCAACUAUUAUUGAUCCCCACUAUUAUUUUAUACUGUCCACGAUAUAUCAACUUUAUAAAUUAUAGCUUAUUUUCCUUUAUAGGUUGACAAACAUAAAUAAAAACGUGUUGUUAACUAAAUAAUUACGGAGUAAUAAACAAAAUACGAUGUGAAACAAUACUCCCAAAUUUCAAAAAUAUUGGCCUCUAACACUUGUCAUGAUCUCCUAAUAAUAAACUCCUUGAUUUUAUCCAUGAUUACUGCUGUGUAAAAUCUCCAUAUUAUUCUCUUUUAAUUUCCUCAUUAAUCCUAUCCUUUGUAAUCUUUCGUUACCUUUCUUAAUUAGUUGCUAAUCCAGUAUAUGUCAAUAAAAUAUCAAUCACUUAAUUCACUUAUUCUCUAUUAAUUGACAUAGAUAACUAAAAGUCUAAAACUCAUCUUUAAAUUCCCAAUUAACGCAUUAACAACAACAACAUUAAUCCCAAAACAAUGGCAUCCUCACCUGCAACAACCACCCCCACCAACACCAACACCCUCCAAGACAGAGUCGCCAUUGUAACCGGCGCAUCCCGAGGAAUAGGUCGAGCAAUCGCACUCCACUUAGCAUCAUUAGGCGCAAAACUCGUAAUCAAUUACACCUCUCCAUCCUCCAAAACCCACGCCGAUCAACUCGUCUCUCAAAUCAACUCCACCACCACCACCACCACCACCCCACGCGCAAUCGCUAUCCAAGCUGACGUUUCCGACAAAUUUCAAGUAAAAUCUCUCUUCAACAUUGCCGAACAAACCUUCAACACUCAACCCCACAUCGUCGUCACCUCCGCCGACGUCCUCGACCCCAAAUACUCCUCACUCUUCGACAUCGAAGCUGCCGAUUUUGACCGCAUCUUCUCCGUCAACACCCGCGGCACCUUCCUCUGCAUCAAGGAGGCAUCUAAGAGAAUCACCCGCGGCGGUGGCGGGAGAAUCGUGACAAUGUCGUCGUCAACAGUGGCGUCUUUGAAGGUGAAUAAAGGGGCUUAUACGGCGUCGAAGGCGGCAGUGGAAAUCAUGACGAAGAUAUUGGCAAAGGAGUUGAAGGGGAGUGGGAUUACGGUUAAUGCGGUUGCACCCGGGCCGAUUGCGACGGAGAUGUUCUUUGAUGGGAAAUCGGAGGAGAUGGUUAAGAAAGUGGUUGAUGAUUGUCCUUUAGGAAGGUUGGGGAAGGUGGAAGAUGUUGCUCCUAUUGUUGGGUUUUUGGCUAGUGAUGCUGGUGAAUGGGUUAAUGGUCAGGUUAUUCGAGUUAACGGUGGUUAUGUUUGAGUUUCAUGUAUUCGGGUCUAAUUGACGCAUUAUUAUUUUAUCUUUGAAAAUUAGAAACAAUAAUUCCAACUUUUAUCAAUUUCGAUGGAAGUUGGAUUUCGUGCUAUGCACGAUUUUUCAAUCUUUGGCACGGAGUAUCAAUUUAAAAUGAGUUAGUCUUAAAUGCUCUUGGAGUACCUUGAGCAUGAUAUUCUUUGGGUACUAUACUAACAUGAUAUGCGUUAUUAUGUUAAAACCAUGACUUAAUUUAGAUUGAAUCUUAUAUUAUUUUGAUAAACUAUAAUGUUAUUUGUUUAUACAUUGUGAUAUUUUAUUAUAUUAGCCUUUUGUUAUUAUGUUUAAAUCAUAUGAUCUUUCUAAUAUUUUGCUUAAACUUGAUUUAAGUACAAUUGUAGGGUCUAAGUUUUUCAUUUUUUCACCUUUUGGGACCUAAGUUUUUUUUUCACCUUUUGGGACCUAGAGUUAAGAAUCCGGCAACUUAACUCAUCUUUAACUCACCUGAGCAAAAACUUAGUCCCUUUGCAUUAAAUAACGUGUAAAAAACAACAUUCAUUGAUAAAAACAUAAUCCCUUCAUUAAAUAUUUCAAAACCAAAAAACAUAGACCCUUAAUAAUUUUUGUCAAAGCAAUUCACUACAAUUUUUUUCAACGAACAGAAAUUG